AUGACGAACCCUCGCUCCAGCACGCGCGAAAACCGCGUUUUCAAUUCCGUGUUUGCGGCCAGAGAAAUCUCACAACCAACUCCACAUGCCACACCGGACACUGUAUUUACUGAUCCAGGACAAAGAUUUGGAGGACCUCUGGUCGACAUUAGUCACGUAUUUCCCGCGUCAUCUUCGUCAAAUCACAGAGACGACCCUCGAGGCCUUUCCCAAGAAGAAUCAAGCUAUGUCCAGGACAAGGUCAGAUGGGACCGAUCAUGGCAUAUUGUCACACAUGCUCUACUCCUAUCAGACUUCCCCCAAAACUUGAAUGCGACUGUGCCGCUACAACCCCAAAAGGAGUCACUUGAUGGAGCCUUUGACCAUUCUUUAGAUAACGUGCUAUAUCCCCAGGACCGCCUUCCGUUCGCUAGAGACACUGAAGACAUCUUUGAGUGGCAUUCUCAGCAAGUCCGGAGUCACUUUCUACAUCAAGUUCUUCCCUUAAUAAUCCAUUCAAGAAGAAUUCAAGCUCCAGAUGUCUUCGUCCGAUCCUGCCUAAAGAUUCUAGAGAUUGCCCACCAUCAAUAUCUGCAUGGACUAGCGAUUUUGAAGGAGCACAUGGAUAUCUCCACGCCUGGUACCUCUAUGCCAAUUCUAGCAAAAUUCCGUCGAGAUCUUCAUGCUAUCAUCAGCAAAUCGGUCAUGGAACCGCUGUCAGCAGCCUUGAGGGGACUCUUGGAAAGACAUAUUUACACAGUUUUGGGUUUACCUCUCACCAAUGGAAAUGAGAAUAGUGCAAUAGUCCCAGAAGAUUCAUACUCAGAGGAGGCUUGCCGACAAAUACUUAAACUGGUAGAAUCUUUGAGGAAUGUCGGCUUAGCUGGAGAGAAAUUCCAAGUCGCUUUCGCCGAAAUAAUGAACAAUUCCAUGACCAAGUACGUUUAUCGAUGUUGCAAGGGCCUCUGGGACUCUGAAGAUGGAACUUCCUACAAUAAUGCUACGGGAAGCUCUGGAAAAGAAGGAGUCGUUCUCCCACGAGCAGCGCACCAUUCAUCACCAUCACGAUGCGUUACGAAUCUCUGCGAAUGGAUCGAAAACCGCUUUGCGAAACUUACUGUUCAAGUUCUUAGUGUACUGGAUAUUAGAACCCAAGUCAGCUGGGGAGACAAGGAAAAGUACAAGGAGAUGGGUAUCGGACGCCUAGCGGAACUUCGGAUCAAUGAAUUGUUCGAUAUUGUUAAAAAUUGGCCUCGUAGCGGAGGGGCUCUGGACGAUCUGCGAACAGCUAUUACUACACCACAAAGACGACUACAUCUCACAGAGGCAUUUGCAAAUACUCUGAACGAAAAGCUUCUGCACCCCGGAGCAUCGACACUACAGAUCUUACAAACAUACAUAUCUAUGAUAUGGUCAUUUCAUGCUCUUGAUAACUCCAAGGUUCUCCUAGAUAGAGUUGCAUACCCGCUCCAGUUGUACCUCUGCUCUCGUGAGGACACAGUGCGGAUAAUCAUCACCGGGCUCCUUGCCGAUCCUGAAGAUUCCGAAGAAAAAGGGACCAGUGUAGAGAAGCUGGUAGAAUUGGCGCACCUGCUGAACAACGUGUCCGAGAAGAUUGAACAACGAGUAAAUGAUGAGGACUUGGAUUGGCAUGACAUGGAAUGGGUGCCGGAUCCUGCAGAUGCUGGUCCUGGGUACAAGCGGUCUAAGAAUGCAGACAUCAUCGGGACGUUGAUUGGUGCUCUUGGAACCCAAGAUGUGUUUAUUAAAGAGUUCCAGAACAUUAUUGGAGAGAACAUGCUGAAAUAUGACGGGGCAUUUGAAAGAGAAAUCAAAGUGCUAGAGCUGCUGAAAGUCCGCUUCGGAGAAGCACCACUCCAGGCAUGCGAAGUUAUGCUAAAGGAUAUCCAAGACUCCGGGAGAGUCAACGGUCUGAUUAGAAAGAACCAAAAGCUGAACAUCACAUCAGAAGAAGAGGCUGCAAUAUUAUCCCACAGAGCUGAAAAGGAGCACCGUCAAACGAGGAGAUCAGGCGGCCCACGUCUCGAAGAGGCUGUUGAAAAGUGUUCGGUUAACGCAAAGAUCCUGUCACGCCUGUUCUGGCCGCAGCUCCAAGAUGACAACUUCCUCGUCCCCUCCGAAAUCGCCGCCCUCCAAAGACGCUACGAAGAAGGCUUCGCAUCCUUAAAAGCGUCUCGCAAACUGACCUGGCUGCACGCCCUCGGCCAAGCAACCGUUGAGCUGGAGCUCGAAGACCGGACUAUCGUCGAGGAAGUACACACUUGGCAAGCAACAGUCAUCUGGGCCUUCCAAAGCGACAACGAAACAGCACCGCAACACAGCGUAGAACAGCUCGUCGAACACUUGGAAAUGGAGGAGCCCCUAGUACGUAGCGCCCUGAAAUUCUGGGUCAACAAAUUAGUCCUGCACGAAGUAUCACCAUCCACGUUCGCCGUUCUCGAGACGCUGAACCAAGAAGACCGCGCGCGGUCCAACGCACAAGCGGCUGCUUCCUCGGUGGCAAAUGAUAACGAUGGGGAUGAUGAGAGCAAACAGCUGAAGAAAGAUGGUAUUGAGAGCGAGAAGAUGCAGCUGUACUGGCAAUUCAUCCAGAGCAUGCUGAAGAACUCCAGCAGCCAGAUGCCGCUGCAGCAGAUUGCUAUGACGCUGAAGAUGUUAAUAAUGGACGGCUUCCCGUAUAGCAACGAGGAGUUGAGGGAGUUUUUAGCGCGGAAGGUUGCAGAUGGGGAGUUGGAGCUGGUGGGGGGGAAAUACAAGCUUAAUAAAAAGUGA